AUGAGGGCGAUCCUAAAGGAUGAAAAUAUGGUAGAUGUGGUUAAUGAGAAUUAUGAUGAAACUGUUAAAGAUAAACUGAAAGAAUCAGGCAAUGAAAUUGAUUUUGCUAGUACUGUACCCGAUGGAAUGCCAAUUGCCAAGUUAAGUGAAACUGCAAUACCUCUAAAUGAGGGUGAUGCGCAGGGUGAGGAUGAAAGAGGGCAGAUGUUGUUAAUGAGAAUGAGGAUGAAAGAGAUAAGGGAAAUGCUGAGAGUCCAAGGACCUCGUGUUUAUAGUACCAUCAGUCCUUUACUGAGUCAGCAAAAACAUUAUUAUUCUUUGGUUGCAGGAAAUGGAUAUCACUUACUCUGUAACUCUAGACUGUUGAAUGCUCUUAUUUCGAUCAAGUGGAAAAGCUUCGUUUCUUUGGGUCCCAGAACAGGAAAAGUAUCGCUUAGUUGGUUUUGGCCUUUUUCCUCUAUUGGGACUGUUGUCAUGAUUAUGGAAAUUAUGUUAUAUCUGUUCGAACUGGAUUCGCGAGCAAGAGAGCUAAAGAUUGGACUAGAAGAAUUAGGCUCAAAUAGGGAUGGAGGUGAGCAGGAGCAGCAACGGGUUGAAGGAGUGGGUAAUGGAAGGUGUGGAAGAAAAGAUUGCAGCAUGGUUGAUGAGAAUGAGGAUAAAACAGUCAAAGAUAAGCCGAAAGAACUAGUCAACGAAAUUGUUUCUGCUAGUACUGUAAGUGCUGGAAUUGCCGAGUUGGGUGAAACUGCAAUACCUUUGAAGGAGGAUGAUACUGCGCAGGAUGAGAAUGAAAAGAUGGCAGAUUAG